AUGGCCGCCAUGCACCACUGCCUUGCGCUGGUGCUCCUGUCCACCUGCCUGGCCCUGUUGCUGCAGCCCCCCCGGGGUGCCAGGGGAGCCCCGCUGGAGCCUGCCUACCCCGGGGAUGAUGCCACUCCUGAGCAGAUGGCCCAGUAUGCAGCUGAGCUCCGCAGAUACAUCAACAUGGUGACUAGGCCCAGGUAUGGGAAAAGAGAUCGAGAUGACACGCCGGACUUCAGGGAGUGGGGUCCUCCGCACGCAGCCGCCCCCAUGGGUCUGUAG